AUGGGUCACCACCAUAACAGCCACCUCCACCACCACAACCACCCCACGGCCACCGAUGGAGGCGGCGGCCUGUCCCAGCGCGUCAGCAGCCCGAGAUUCUCCGGCCCGAUGACCCGCCGAGCACAAUCCUUCAAGCGGAACAAUAACAGCAACAGCAACCACAGCAGCAACGCCUCACAGAGCGCUGCGCACAAUAGCAGCAGCAGCAACAUCGGCGGCCAUGGCCAUGAGGUCAUUGACCUUCAUAUCACGUCGCCCAGAUCUGAGGCCCCGGUUUCCGGGGAUGGGUCGGAGUCUUUGAGGCCGGCCCACGUCAGCAGCCUGGCCCAGAGGGUGCACUUGAGGAAAAAGAUCGCGUCGCUGAGUGUGGAGUUGGGAGACUUUGGGUUGGAGUUGAAAGGGAAAAGGAAACUGGGGCAGUGGAUGUUUUUCAUGUUCUGUGGUGUGUGUUUGUUUAUGGGUGUUUUCAAGAUUUGCGCGACUGGUUGGUUCGGAUCUGCCAUUGAUAGACUUGGAAGCAAACAGGACAUGUAUGAUUCCACUGCAAGUCAUCUCCAUGAGCAGGAUCAAAGCUCUCAUCACGUCACGUACAUGGAAACUGGAAAUAGUGAUGGCAGGAGAGAAAUUGAGGUGGAACAAACAUUAACAAUGGUGGCCUCAGAGUCAGAUGUAGUUGAUGCUCAUGCCAGGGUGCCUCAUCUUCCAGAGAUAUGGUCCAAUCCAAACAGUGAGAAUUUCACUCAGUGCCUUGAUCGACCAAAAAGUCACAAAAAGCUGGACUUGAAAACGAAUGGUUACCUUCUGACAAAUGCAAAUGGUGGCUUAAACCAAAUGAGAUUUGGGAUCUGUGAUAUGGUCGCUGUUGCUAAAAUUAUGAAGGCCACACUUGUCCUUCCCUCUCUUGAUCACACUUCUUACUGGGCUGAUGAGAGUGGUUUCAAAGAUCUGUUUGAUUGGCGAUACUUCAUUGAGUCGCUACAAGGUGAUGUUAACGUAAUUGACGAAUUACCGCCUGAAUUUGCUGGAAUUGAACCUUUCCCGAAAACACCAAUAUCUUGGUCCAAGGUUGGUUACUAUAAAGCAGAGGUGCUUCCACUUUUGAAGCAGCAUAAAGUGAUGUAUUUCACUCAUACUGAUUCCCGGCUCGCCAACAAUGGACUUCCCGAGUCUAUCCAGAAGUUAAGAUGCUAUGUAAACUACAGAGCAUUGAAAUAUUCUGCCUCAAUUGAAAACCUCGGAAAAACUUUGGUAUCAAGAAUGAGACAUGAUGGUGGUCCUUAUCUUGCACUACAUUUGAGGUACGAGAAGGACAUGCUUGCCUUCACAGGCUGCAGCCACAAUUUAACUGCCGAAGAAGACGAUGAGCUCCGCCGAAUGCGUUUAGAGGUCAGUCACUGGAAAGAAAAAGAAAUUGAUGGCACCGAAAAACGAAAGCUUGGGGGCUGCCCUUUAACCCCUCGUGAGACGGCCCUUUUGCUAAGAGGGCUCGGCUUCCCAUCCAACACCAGGAUUUACUUGGUUGCCGGAGAGGCAUAUGGCAACGGGAGUAUGAAUUAUCUUACUGAGAGUUAUCCAAAUAUUUUCACGCACUCGUCCCUCUCUUCAGAGGAGGAGCUGAGCCCUUUCAGGAACCACCAGAACAUGCUGGCGGGCCUCGACUACGCUGUUGCCCUUGAGAGUGAUGUUUUUGUGUACACGUAUGAUGGGAAUAUGGCUAAGGCAGUGCAGGGCCACAGGCGUUUUGAGGGUUUCAUGAAAACUAUUAAUCCCGACAGGAUGAAUUUUGUAAAACUGGUGGACGAUUAUGACGAGGGAAAGAUAACUUGGAAGAAAUUCAGCUCAAAAGUCAAAAAGCUUCACAGGGACCGAAUCGGGGGUCCGUACAAUAGGGAGCCGGGCGAGUUCCCAAAGCUGGAAGAGAGUUUCUACGCGAAUCCUCUCCCAGGCUGUAUUUGUGAAAACAGAAACUCAAACUAA